UUUCGCUUCUCAUCUGUUCAGUUCUUAGAUUGCCCCUCGCUUUUCCAAACUGCAACAUGUCUAAACCGAGAGACUACAGCAGCCAGUCCUACUCCCCGGGCAGCACGGCACCGCUCAAAAGCCACCCGAGCCAAAACGGGAUGGACCCGUCGGGUAAAUCCAGGGAGAGGGACGACAUGGUUGGACUCAAUGACAAGUUUGUCAGGUUGAUUGACAAGAUGAAACACCUGGAGGAUGAGAACAAAAAGCUCGACACAAAGCUGAAGAUUCUCAGGGAGCAUGAGGACUACGAGGGGAAAAUCAACGACAUCGUCAAGCAGCUGGAGAACGAGAUGGAGCAGCAGAUCGAGACCUUGCUCCACGACCAAGAAAAACUGCACGCUGCACUGCUCAAAAACCAGGAGGAGGUGGAGGACAACAAGAACAAGUAUGAGGAGGAAUUUCUGAAAAAAUCUGACCUGGAGAAUGAGUUUGUUGUCAAGAAAAAGGAGGUAGAUGAAGGUCACUUGGAGGCAGUAGAUCUGGUUCUGGACCUGGAGGACCUGAUUGGAAAACUGGAAUUCCUCAGGGCUGGCUAUGAUGAGGAGAUCAAGGAGCUGGAGUCGCACGUCCAGAAUGUGACGGUGGUCUUACAGGACAACAGCAAACGGUCUCUGGACAUGGACGAAAUCAUCGAGGGGGUCAAGAAUCAGUAUGCCAACAUGGCCGCCCGCACCAGGAACGAAGCCGAGCAGUGGAACCAGAAAAAGAUGGAUGACAUGGUCUCAAAUGCAGGACAGCGUGAGCAGGAAGUGCGUGAAUUAAGGAGGGAGAUCUCAGACAUGGUGCGCCACAUCCAGAGGUCCAACGGGGAACUGGAAGCUCUCACAAGGAAGGAAGAGUCCCUGAUGAAGGACAUCAGUGACAUGAGGACCGAAGGCGAAGACAACCUGCUGAAGGCUCGGGACGACAUUUCCCAGCUGGAGGAGGCCUUGAAGCGGGCCAAGCAGGACUUGGCUGGACAGGUCCGCGAACACCAAAAGCUGAUGAACCUCAAGUUGGCGCUGGACAUCGAGAUCGCCACCUACCGCAAGCUGCUGGAGGGCGAGGAGCAGAGAAUGAACCACCAUAUGCACCGCGCAGACGUUGACCUGCCAGAGAAGCACCACCUGCCAGAGAAGCACCACCUACCAGAGAAGCACCACCUGCCAGAGAAGCACCACCUGCCAGUGAAGCACCACCUACCAGAGAAGCACCACCUGCCAGAGAAGCACCACCUGCCAGAGAAGCACCACCUGCCAGUGAAGCCACAAGCCCCAGCACCCACCGAUGUCCCGGCAGAUACAGCUGUCCCAGCAGUGUACCCCACCUCCAAGAAACGCCUGCUGAUCCGGGUGAAGGUGGAGGCGGGCAGAGUCGUGUCCGAGAGCUCCCUUUAUAUUGAAGAUUGACCGGCACUGUCCAUCAUCACACCUCUGCCUACAGCAUUACAAUAUGUCCGCAAAAUGUGAAUUAAAUUUUUUUUGAAUUAAGUUAAAUAUCAAGGAUCAUUAUGAAAAUGUCUUUAACUGCAAUAAUCCUGUUUGGAAUGAAUUUUGUUUGUGUGCUUUCUGCAGUCUAACAAUAGCUUCUUGGCAGGUUGAACGUCUUUACUAUGACUCGUGCUUGAAAUUAGGGACAUUUUGUUUAUGUGAAGCAGUCAUUUUAAAAAGGUUUUCUUAUCUUUCUUUGCCUUUGCAAAUACUUGUGUUCCUGGUACCAUCAGUGUAUUUUUUCAUCUUUCUUGUAGUCUUUUUGAGCUUAACAAGAUUUGUAGAAAAAGAAAACCCACCCAUCUAAUGCGUGAAAAUUAAAACAAGGAACAAGUGGCUUUAAGCAGGUGGUUAAAAGGAGUGUUUCUGUUCUGUUGCUCAGCAUCUUAAUACACGGUCACACCAGGUCACAUUACCGGGGGGUAAACCUUUAUCUGGGGUAGAACUGUAUGCAUCAAAUGGUUUCUCAUACUGCUUUGGAUUUGUUCUAUUUCUCUCACAUGUAUCUGCACCCAAUUACCUCAAAUAGGCUGUA